GAUGGUCGUUGCCAAGAUUCUGCCGGACGCCAUCUGCCGCAACAGCGCCUUGAGCGCCUGCGCCAAGUCCAGCGCCUGGCGCGCGGCGCUGUCCGCGGGCCUCGGAUGCGGCGCUGAUGCGGUGACGGUCUCCGCCCUUUGCAGCGCCUGCGCGCAGGGCCGGCGCUGGCGCCAAGGCUUGGCGCUGCUGGGCGCCGCCCGCGCCAG